AUGGACCCUGCUGCCGUCAUCGACCCUGUUGCUGUCAUGGACCCUCCUCCUGACGUGGCCCCGACUCCUGACCCAGCCAGACCCUGCCCACAACAUUUCUGGGCGCCCCUUUUCCACCCUCAGGUACCCACUGCUCCUGUCCUGCACCCUGCUGUUGUCGUGGACCCUGUUGCUGCCAUGGCCCCUACCCGUGACCCAAUCUGCCCAGCCAGUGACGUUGCCCCUGAGGUGACAGGAGCACAACAACCAUUGCCUGUACAACCUCCUCUAAUCCAAAAUCCUCCUCCCCCUGAUUCUCCCACAGGUUUUGUGUCACUAGACGGAGUCGUCACCCAUAGUGGUCGAGUG